AUGGCAUUUUUAAAUAAUGACGGAUGUGAAGAUUCUGAAGGAGAUUUCACCAAAUGUUUUAUGACUAUAUGUGAAAUACAGCAAAAAAAAUUUGAAGCAUCAUAUUGUAGAAUUGAGUCACCAGUAGUUGAUAUAAAGAAGACUUUAAAUAAUAAUUUAAAUGAUCUUUCAAAAAAUUUAUUUACUUACGAAUUUACUCCAGCAAAUUUUCAUUCUAGGAUAAUUAUUCUUUCAAAUAAUGAUAAAGAUGGUAUUUUGCUUCUGUAUGAAUAUAAUCCAAAUCAUAAUAAAUAUCCAGAUAAAACAUAUUUAUGCCGCCUUAGAAAUAUAAAUCAAAAGUUAACAUUAUGCGAAUCCAUUAAUAUAGAAUAUUUUGGAAGAAGUCUUACGUUUAAAUCUUAUGACAUUUUUAAUGAAGAAAAUAAAAAAAAUAAUAUGAUUAGUAUAGAAAACCCCAAUCAUAAAAUUAUUAAAUCAAAAUAUGAUGAGUUCAUAUUUAAAGAACAUUACUGCCAUCCUAUGAAAACAAAAUACAUUUCAUAUUGUAAUAAAAGGUAUACCAUAUGUAAAAAAAUGAAUAAUGAUCAAUUACAUUGUUCCGAUGCAAAUUAUAGUGGAAAUUUAAUUAUUUUAGAUAAUAUUAAUUUUCCUGUUUUAAAAAGAGAUUAUGUGUAUCUUCCCAGUGGUUGCUUAAAAGAAAAUUUAAAUCCUGUAUGCACUCCAUAUAUAUGCACAAGCCGUGGUUUUGAUAAAUAUUUUGAAUGUAAAUAUGAAGAAAUAAGUGUUAUAACAAACAUAAGGCCAAUAAAUAACAUAAUGCCAAAAAAAAAUAUAAUGCCAAUAAAAGACAUGAGGUCAAUAAAUGAAAUAUUACCAUGUAAUAACCUAAUACCAUGUAAACACAUAAUGCCACAUAAACACAUGUUGCCACCAAAUAACUUAAUGCUAAUGAAAGACAUAAGGUCAACAAAAAACAUAGGGUCAAAUUCAAAAAAUCCACUCGCCAUAUCAUUAAAUCAUGAGGAUAUUUAUCAUGAAAAUCGUUUGAGUAAUGCUGAACUCUUUGCAAUGUCUUUUAUGUCUUUUCUAGUUCUAUUCACUUUUUUUUUUUGCCUUAUAUAUAGGAUUUUUAGAAAAAAGAGAAGUAAAUAUAUAUGA